CCAACUCCACCCACACCCAACCGCACGAACGAAACCAAGGCACCCGUUUUCGUCCUCCGCUUUCCAUCGCUCCCUCCACCUCCACCGCACUACCACCACCACCACCACCAACCGCCGUGCGGACGCCGCCGGCUUCCCGGCCGCGACGCGGAGGAGGACCGAAUUCCCCCCCACCCCUCCGUCCAAUCCGCGCGCACCACCUCCGAGGGAACUCCAUGUAUGCAAAUGUCGCCACCCUUGUAGAAUCAAUAAAGCUGUUCUAGCAGCUAACCUUUGGUUUGGUGGAUUUUUGGAAAAUGAUGAUGGGAAGAGAGGACAAAUAUGUGAGAUUUGAGGACUGGAGAUCUGAGCAGUCAGUUAUGUCACCACGGAGGCAUAAUGCUUUAAGUUCACUUAAAGAAAGAACUGCUGGAGUUUUUGCAUUCCUAGGAAACCUUGUGCAUUCUGAAACCUUAAAGAGAUUGGUGCUGCAUGAAAGGAAGUUGACAACUAGAACUCUUCAUCCUCAGGGACCAUUUCUGCAAAGCUGGAACAAGAUAUUUGUUUUGUCAUGUAUCUUUGCAGUUUCUGUGGACCCAUUGUUCUUCUAUAUUCCGGUUAUCAAUGACAACAACACAUGCUGGUAUUUGGAUAAAAAGUUGGAAAUCACAGCAAGUGUCCUGCGCUUUUUCACAGAUAUCUUCUAUAUACUCCAUAUCAUAUUUCAGUUCAGGACAGGUUAUAUUGCGUCUUCUCUUACAACUUUUGGUCGGGGUGUCUUGGUUGAGGAUAGAUAUGCAAUAGCAAAGCGAUACUUGUCAACAUAUUUUCUGAUCGAUGUCUUUGCUGUUCUACCCCUCCCUCAGGUGGUUAUUUUGGUUGUGCUACCUAAUCUUGGAGGCUCAGAGGUUACAAAAGCCAAAAAUAUCUUGAUGUUUAUAGUUAUAUGCCAAUAUGUGCCUCGGCUGAUCCGAAUAAGGCCACUGUAUCUCCAAAUCACAAGGUCUGCUGGGGUAAUUACAGAGACACCAUGGGCUGGUGCUGUUUUGAACCUUUUAAUUUACUUGCUCGCCAGUCAUGUCCUUGGAGCACUCUGGUACUUGCUUUCCAUUGAACGCAAAGAUGCCUGCUGGAGAGACAUGUGUAGUAAUAAUAGUACAGUCUGUAAUCAGGCAUAUUUGUACUGUGGGGAUAAGGAAAACUCGAUCUUACGGACUGCUUGCCUUCCAAUCGACUCAAACGAUAUAGAUCCGAACUUUGGAAUUUAUGUGCCAGCUCUAAAUAAUGUCUCGCAAUCAACUAAUUUUUUGGCAAAACUAUUCUAUUGUGUUUGGUGGGGUCUGCAAAAUCUUAGCUCUCUGGGCCAAAACCUUAAGACAAGCACUUAUGCAUGGGAGAAUCUGUUUGCAGUUUUUGUCUCAAUAUCAGGCUUGGUUCUGUUUGCACUGCUAAUUGGUAAUGUGCAGACCUAUUUGCAGUCAGCCCAUCUGAGAGAAGAAGAAAUGAGAGUGAAAAGCCGUGAUACAGAUCAAUGGAUGUCAUAUCGACUGCUUCCUGAGAAUCUCAAGGAACGAAUACGUCGUCAUGAAAAAUAUAGAUGGCACCAGACGAGCGGGGUUGAUGAAGAACUCUUGCUUAUGAACCUCCCCAAGGAUCUUAGGAGGGCUAUAAAACGGCAUCUUUGCUUAUCACUUCUUAUGAGGGUUCCAAUGUUUGAAAACAUGGAUGAUCAACUCUUGAAUGCCUUGUGCGACCGCCUAAAGCCUGUUCUUUAUACAGAAGGUAGCUGCAUAAUUCGUGAAGAGGAUCCAGUAAAUGAAAUGCUGUUCAUCAUGAGAGGUAAUCUCAUGAGUAUGACAACGAAUGGUGGAAGAACUGGCUUCUUCAACUCUGAUGUUUUGAAAGGUGGAGAUUUCUGUGGCGAAGAGCUCCUGACCUGGGCUCUUGACCCCACGUCAGUUUCCAGCCUCCCUAGCUCAACCAGGACAGUGAAGACGAUGUCCGAAGUCGAAGCUUUUGCCCUGAGGGCUGAAGACUUGAAGUUUGUGGCCACCCAGUUCCGACGGCUACACAGCAAACAGCUCCAGCACACGUUUAAGUUCUACUCGCAGCAUUGGAGAACCUGGGCAGCCUGUUUCAUACAAGCAGCCUGGCAUAGGUACUGCAGAAAGAAGAUCGAAGACUCUCUACGCGAGAAGGAGAAGAGGUUGCAGUUCGCAAUCGUUAAUGACGGUGCUACAACUCUCAGCUUCAGGGCAGCGAUAUAUGCUUCGCGUUUCGCUGGCAACAUGAUGCGGAUCUUGAGGAGAAAUGCCACCCGCAAGGCUCGGUUGAAGGAAAGUGUGCCUGCAAGGUUGUUACAAAAACCAGCAGAACCCAACUUUGCUGCAGAAGAGCAGUAGUUCUGUUUACCACGAAUGCGUAAGGAAUUUUUUGUGCAUGGCUUGUGCAUUUUUUACUUGCUGAUGUUUUUGCUUUCAGUUGACACUAGACCUACAAAUUAAGGAGAGGAAAAAAUCGCAAUAGGUGUCUGUAUCUUUCUGUAAGAUCUGUAUAUGUGUUCGUGUAUGAUAAUAGGUGAUACGUGUAAUUAUUAUUCAUCAGGUGUUUAUAUACAAAUUGUGUUUAUAGUAGUGUAGUGAGCAUUCCAUCCCGUGUUCCCAUCAGGCUCUUGAAGUCCAGGCACGGAGCAAGAUCACAUUGUAACGGAGACACUUGUUUUAACUCACAUAUAUUGACAUGAUAUAGAAUUAAUGGAUUGUUAAA